UACAUGUUCUGAUCCUACUAUUUUAAAGUCUCUCUUAAUAUUACUGGGACAUUUUAAGCACUUCAACAAGUGUUUAGUAUCCUUGUAGCAUUUUGUAUUAAACUACUUUUUUCCUUCAAGUUUUUUCAAGUCAAAAUGAUUCCACACAUUACUUUUUGGUUUGGUUAUUUUUCCUAUCACUCAUGAUUUUGACGAUUUACGUGUUCAAAAAACGAAAAAUAAUUCUAAUACUGUCGUUCGGUUUGCGAUGCUUGCAGGUUAUGACAGACGAAAUACAAAUAAACACCUCUAGGAUUCCGGGAUUCCCCACGCGGUCCGUUUGGCUCGCUAAAAGUAGGUUUCCGACGGUAACGCCCAGCCGGUAAGGCGGCGUGUACACCAUACUGCUAAAAACAUUUUGAGAAAAUUACCGGCGAGAAUUUUCUCCACGAG